AUGGCUCAGCAGACAGCUUCACCGUUGAAUGAUUCAGCAGUUCUUGAUGUCAAGCCCUUGCGUAUGUUGACCCCCAUGUUCCCUGCACCACUAGGUCUUCACAUAUUCACCCCUCAAAACUCACCUUCAGUUGUCUGUGCGACCCCAUUUGGACCGUAUGCUGGAGGCACUGGAUUAGGGAUGGCUGCUGGUGUUCCAUCAAUGUUUGCAGCACCAGCUGCUCCUACAGAUCCCAGGGGAGAGCCUGAUAGAGUUAAUACAAAUGGAGCUGCUCAUGCUAAUGGUACUGCAACCAACAGUUUGGCCACUCCUUCCUUACAAACUCCUCUGUCAGCCAGGACACCGGAAUCCAGUAAAAGGAAGAGGGGCAGACCCAAGCGUGUGUCAGAUAAUAUGGUUCCUUCAGCUACUUCAACUCCUCUGGCUCCCACGGUUUCUCCAAUUUAUUCACUUCCUAAAGUUCCUUCACCUCCUCAAGAAAAUAAUAAUGUUGUUUCCCUGACACCUUCUUCAGCCACCCCACAGGAAUCUGGCAAGAGGAAGAGGGGACGGCCCAAGCGUGUGCAAGACAUUCAUGUCCUGGCAACUCCUUUAGCUCCUCAAGCUGAUAAUACACCUAUCCUUGAGACGCCUCCUGCACCCACUGUACAUGAAUCCGGUAUAAGGAAAAUGGGACGUCCCAAACGUUUACAGGAUAGUUUGGAUACUUCAACACCUUCAAUUCACUCAAAAGAUAGUGAGCCCACUUCCCAGACACCUGCGACCACCUCACCUGAAUGUGGUAAAAGGAAGAGGGGACGUCCAAGGCGUGUGCCCAAUGGUUCGGCAGCCCCAAGUCAUCCAGGUUUCUCGAUAGAUGAUGACACUGUUGAUGCAGCAAAACGUGGACAGCCUAGGAAAAUUGAUACCAAUCUGUUGCAGCUUCCAACUUUAUCUUCAGAUGAUCCUAGGGAAGCUGCAGAUAAUGUACUCAUGAUGUUUGAUGCACUGCGGCGGAGGCUUAUACAGCUGGAUGAGGUGAAUCAAGCUGCAAAGCAGCAGCAUAACUUGAAGGCUGGGAGCAUCAUGACUAAUGCUGAACUUCGUGUCAAUAAGAACAAGCAGAUUGGAGAGGUUCCUGGUGUUGAGGUUGCUGACAUGUUCUACUUCAGAAUUGAGAUGUGCCUGGUGGGGUUGAAUAGUCAGAACAUGGCAGGUAUUGAUUACAUGUCUGCCAAGUUUGGUAAUGAGGAGGAUCCUGUGGCUAUUAGUGUUGUGUCAGCUGGUGUGUAUGAUAAUACCGAAGAUGAUCCAUAUGUUCUAGUUUACACUGGACAGGGCAUGUCUGGUAAAGAUGAUCAAAAACUUGAGAGGGGUAAUCUUGCACUGGAGAGGAGUUUGCAUAGAGGCAAUCCAAUUAGAGUCAUUCGCAGCGUAAGGGAUUUGACUUGUCCAACUGGUAAGAUAUACAUAUAUGACGGCCUUUACAAGAUCAAAGAAGCCUGGGUGGAGAAAGCGAAAUCUGGUUUCAAUGUUUUUAAACACAAAUUGCUCAGGGAACCUGGCCAAGCUGAAGGCAUUGCAAUGUGGAAGAAAACUGAAAAAUGGAGGGAAGAUCCAUCAUCUAGAGACCAUGUUAUCUUAGGCGACGUGUCAUAUGGUGUGGAAAAUAAGCCUGUUUGCCUUGUAAAUGAGGUUGAUGAUGAUAAGGGUCUUAGCCAGUUCACCUAUAUGACCAAAUUGAACUAUGGGAACCUGCAGAGCUCGAUGAGAAAGAUGGAAGGAUGCAAAUGUGCAAGUGUAUGCCUCCCUGGUGAUAACAACUGCCCUUGUACACACCGAAAUGCUGGUGCGCUUCCUUACAGUGCUUCAGGUAUACUUGUUAGCCGUAUGCCUAUGUUAUACGAGUGUAAUGAUUCCUGCAUUUGUUCAAAUAGUUGCCGGAACCGAGUUGUACAGAAAGGUGCCCGGAUCCAUUUUGAAGUGUUUAAGACAGGAGAUCGUGGUUGGGGUCUUCGUAGUUGGGAUCCAAUUCGAGCUGGAACAUUUAUCUGUGAAUAUGCAGGUGAAAUCAUUGACAAAAAUAGUGUGAAUGAAGAAGAUGACUACAUCUUUGAGACCCCUCCUUCUGAGCCGAGUUUAAGGUGGAACUAUGCACCAGAAUUACUGGGUGAACCUAAUCUUUCUGACUCAAAUGAGACACCCAAGCAACUGCCGAUCAUCAUUAGUGCAAAACGAAUUGGCAAUGUAGCUCGCUUUAUGAACCACAGCUGCUCGCCUAAUGUUUUUUGGCAACCAGUUUUGUAUGAUCAUGGUGAUGAGGGACAUCCACACAUUGCAUUCUUUGCAAUGAAGCAUAUUCAUCCAAUGACAGAGCUCACAUAUGAUUAUGGUCAGAGCCAAGGUAAUGUUCAACUGGGAUCCAAUUCUGGUUGUCGGAAGUCUAAAAAUUGCUUAUGUCGGUCCCACAAGUGCAGAGGCUCCUUUGGAUAA